UGAUACAACUGAAUCCGACCGGGUCGAUGAAAGAAAUCGGACGGAUUUACGGAUGAAGCUGAAAAGAAACACUGUGGUCGAGGAGGAGGAGGACGACGAAGAAGAAGAAAUAGACGCCGUUUAUCCGAUAUCAGAUAAGCGAACAAGAACGUUGACGUCAAUACCAAUACGAAGAAAAACCGUUUUGCAAUCGCGUUGGUGACCGACGACUUGAGUCCGCCGUCGCUUGGCAUGUCCGAUGCUGAACGAAAUACGGCUCGAGACAGACAGCACACUGGCGGACGGAGAACGUAACGAUAGCGCCGUGAUUAUCGGCCCGACGCUCUCAUCGUUAUCGUGCACGGUGCCCUACAUCGGCACCGACCAGGGCUACGUGUUCGAAGGUGGCGGUAUGUCGACGUUGCAGCAGUUCGGUGCAGCCGGUCAUGGAAACAUCGACUGCAUCGGUGGUGGAGGAGAUCUCGGGUUCGGCGCAUCGAUAGGAGGGUCGGGAAGCGGGCUAGGCGGCGGGAUAGGACUUGGUGGAAUCAGUACUGGAGCAGCUACAGGAACUGCAGGGAUGGGUGGUGGAACAGGAGGAGGAGGAGGAGGGAGUGGUGGAAAUAUGAAUAAGGAAGUUUGUUACGCUCCAUUCGCAGCAUCUGUAGGUCCGAUCGGUACCGUGGCGCCGGUAAACCUGCAGUCUCUACCGCCACCGCCGCCGCCACCGCCGCCGCCACCGCCGCCGCCGCCGCCGCCACCGCCGCCACCACCCUUGCCGCUGCAGAUGCAGCAGCAGCGUGCCUUUUCCAAGUCGAUGACAUCUCUACCGCCGGAGCCGUUUAUGAUUAUGCGUUCGAAGGCAUUAAAUCGGCGAGUUUCGAUUAACGUCGGUGGCGUGAAGCACGAGGUACUCUGGCGUACCCUUGAGCGGUUGCCACAUACGCGCCUAGGUCGACUGAGGGAUUGCAAUACUCACGAGGCAAUAACCGAACUCUGCGAUGAUUACUCCCUAAUCGAUAACGAGUAUUUUUUUGAUCGACAUCCUAAAUCGUUUAGCUCGAUUCUUAAUUUCUAUCGCACUGGCAAGCUCCAUUUAGUGGAUGAAAUGUGCGUUCUCGCGUUUAGCGAUGAUCUCGCAUAUUGGGGUGUCGACGAGCUCUAUCUUGAAAAUUGCUGCCAGCACAAGUAUCACCAGCGCAAGGAACAUGUACACGAGGAAAUGCGAAAGGAGGCAGAGUCACUUCGGCAGCGCGAGGAAGAGGAAUUCGGUGAAGGAAAGUGCGCUCAGUAUCAAAAAUGGUUGUGGGAUCUUCUGGAGAAACCAACCACCUCCAUUGCGGCAAGGGUGAGUCGUACCGUGGCUUGAAAACCGAUUCGCAUGUGCGCGCGCAUGCGGCGAUAGAAGACAAUGCACGCGAGAAACGUCGCGCAUCACCUGCUUUGUUGUGUAUUAUACAUAUCUAGAUAAGAUGUCUCAGUAAAAACGAAAAGCAGCUAGUAAUAUGGAUAUA